AUGCAACCAGAGCCCAACGAGACUUCCCAGAAUAUUUCGUUGCCGCAAAGCUCCCAAGAGAACACCCGAGACAGCCAACAUGGAUUCCAUGAAUCAGAUGUGCACCCUUCCCCCCAGCUUCGUGCUGGAGAAGGGAGGGCAAAACCGCGGCGUCCCGCCAGCAAUACGAGCCCUUCAGCAUCUUCUGCUGGAAGCUCUGACGAUGCACGGGAAAGACCAUUGCGGAGAUUGAGCCCGCCCUCGAGGCAGAAGAGCCGGUCACCUGUUGACCGCAUCAUCGAACAUGAGAAGGAUUUGACAUAUUUGCCAAAGAAGAGGGCUGAAGAGCGUACUUUCACUGUCGUUCAGAGAGGCAAGAAUCUUAGCUCUGCUCAAGUUGCGAUUGGAGAUUUUCCCAAUGAGGUCUUGACUCAUAUACUCUCUCAUCUCCCUCCGUCGUCAUUGUCAGAUGUCUCCCUUGUAUCACGGCGGUUCCAUCAAUUGGUGACGACACCCCACGCCUGGAGGAUAGCUUUCUCGCGCUUCUUCCCUGGAGCAGAGGCACUGAGUGCAUUGGACACCAAUUCGGAGCUGUCGGAAGAUAGUGAGAUACGUUCGGAAAGACGGUUCUUUACCCGGUUGACAGCUCUUGCAUCAUGGCGCAGCGAAUACAUCUUGCGCACCCGGCUACUUCGAUCGAUAGGUCGUGGCAAACCCACGGAAUCCUUGACGCCAGCUGGUUCUGGAUCCUCGCGACCUGGUACAGGCAGCAACGGCAGCGCUCACGUUACCUACAAUUCUGAUCUGGUCACGCUUGUUGACCACCUACAUGCUACGUUUGGGACUGGGUUCAAUAAAAGACUACCUCGCUUCAUACAUGGAGCCACUGAAGUCGGCAUGGCUUCUUCUAGCGACCCCAGAACCAGCAAAGUCGAUGCAUGGGGCUUCUCGGAUUCUCUCAUUACCCAGCAAUUUGAGGAUGUCCAUCCUGGCGAAGCUCCCUAUGGUCUUGGCGCUGGUGAAGUGAUUGGCUUGCCAAAUACCAUGGAUAUAAGUCAACCGUACGGAAUGAUUUAUGCAGAGGGAAUGCCUGGUGGCAGGGUCUACUACAGAUCUAUGGAAGAAAAGCGAGGCCGUGACUUGGCCUCCCCAUUGGACAAUUCGAUACCAGAGCUUGGCAUCCCGGCCACUCUGCCAACCGAAUCUAUGUGCUCAGUCUGGAUUAGUAAAACACCCAAUGUACCGGAUCUGUCCGAAGGGAUUGUUGGCAUGCUAGUAGGUUCUUCAAGCGGCCUAGUCUCUGCGUAUUCCUUGGGAACGAACCCUCUGCGUGAAAGACGGCUUGAACGUGGCGAAUUGACCGCUCGUUGGGUGCUAAGCCCAGGAGUACCCAUCAUUGCUAUCGCGGUUGACGAGAACUUUUCUUCAAAACGCCGAUUGCUCAAUCACAUCUGGGCUUUUGCACUCAAUGCGCUUGGGGAGGUGUUCUUCCUUAGCGAUUUUCCUGUUCGUCCUAUCUUGGAUCGCGCACUGAAACUUGACAAAGCACGAAUUGAGCGACUGGCAUGGCAGACCGGACGCACAGUCCACUGGACGCUGGUAGAAGCAACGAGGCGUAUUGCUAGGCCCGAUCCUUUCGAUAGAUCCGAAGUCGAUGGUAGCUAUUCACCGAGGACCUCUUGGGAUGGAACAUGUCUUAGCAAAGAACAACUUGCCGCUGAAACUAAGGAGAUUGAAGUUUAUCUCCGGAAGAAGCCAAAGAACUUUCGUAAAGUUUGCGAAGGUUGGGACAUGCGCAGGCGUCUGGAGGUUGACUUCGCAGCAAGUGAUGAGAAUGGAGCCGGUGAGGUCAUUCUUGUGAUAGGCUGCGGUCUAGACGAGGGACAGCAAGCCAUGAUCAAGCGAUAUACACGCUGCAAAGUAACAGAAUCCUCGGACGAGGAUCUGGCCGGUCAAGGCCCUUCGAUGCCUAUUGCACAAGGCGAUGCCAGCCACGGUUCAAUAUUUGGCGAACACAAUCUUUUGAUCAACGGGCAACCUACCUGGUCUUUCGAAGACAGAGCUCUCUCGCGGCGCAGUUCUACGAGUCCAUCAGACUCCGAGCUAAGGACACGUUUGAUUGAAGAAUGGCGCACAUCAGUGUUUCUACUUGGGGGCCUAAAGUCACCCCAAAUAACCACGACAGCUAUUGACUUGUCUAACUUCGCCUUGCUGACGACCACCGAGGAUCCGCUACUCAGCGUGAGUGGGUCUUUGGCCGGUUCAUCUCCACCGUCGUCUCCUAUGGGAAGGAUGUCAUCGCACUCAUUGACCGAUGUUCCCGGCCAACGUGCGCGACUAUUUGCCAUAGGUACAAAGACUGGGACCAUCGUUCUUUGGAAUGCACGAGCUCCUGUCGCUAGCAAUACCAUCUUGGAGAACAAUAUCAAGCCCAUACGGAUCAUUUACACAGACUCUCCGCAGAUCUCCUGCCUGGCCCUAAGUUCCCUCUACCUCGUGCAUGGCGGGAACGACGGUCUGGUACAGGCAUGGGAUCCUCUCGCUUCAACCACGGUUCCCAUUCGUACGCUCAACUCUCGAUUCUCUUCCCGUGCACGACGUCGCCUCGUCCAAGCUGAAGCAUCUCCCGCUGGCGUCGGAAUCAAUCUCUUUGCGGCAGGGGCCAUCUGUUUGGAUCCCGACCCAACUGUCCUCCGCGGCAUGGUCUCACUCGGCUCGCACCUACGCUACUGGAGCUACAGCUCUCAAGCAGCGGACCAGUACAAAGGUAACAAGCGCCGCCUCCGCCGUUCAGAACGUGGCAGCAACCAAGGCGGUGACCGCUUUUACGGCACCGGCAGAGGAGCGCUCAAGGACUACAUCGCCAAUGAAAAGCUAGAGCUCGAGCGUGAGAAGCGAGAAAAGCGCGAAGAAGAAAAAAGGCUUGCUGGCAGAUUCGGGGUAGAUCUUUUGGGACCUGGCGCUAGUGAGGAUGAGAUCCUGGCUUACGCUACUAUGUUGAGUGAAGAGGCCGCGCAAAGCCACGAGUUCAGGAAGAAGAGUGCGAGUGACGGCGAAAGCAGUAGUACGAUAACUGAAGAGGCCGUGGCCUCGCCGGUCUCGUCGGCUGCACAGGAUGAUAUCGACGACGAUAUGGCCGAAGCUAUCCGUCUGAGUUUGCAGGAGAACAGCAACACGUCACCUUGUGCAAUUGGCAAUACAAGUGCCAGCAAGAUUCCAGCCAAGUACGCCAAGGUUAAGAGGAAUAAAGCAUCACCUUCUGGCUCGCCUCCGAGAUCUGGUGCCUUCGGUGCGUCGCCUAAAGCAAGUGAGGCGUCUAAUAUUCCAGCCGCUGAGCUGGACGACCUCGAGUUCGCAUUGCGACUGAGUCAGGCCGAAGAGGAGAGCCGCGCACAGAGUGGGAAGGGGAAGGGGAAGGGGAGAGCUUUCUGA